GCAGAAGCUGAAGAAGAUUGUCACUCUGAUUUGGUAAGAACCGAUGACAAUGAAAGAUCCAGUGAAGCAAAUCUUCAGGCAGAGCUCCAGAUGUUCAGAGCACAGUGGAUGUUUGAGCUUGCCCCAGGUAUGAGUUCUAGUGGGUUGGAACCUCUGCCAUGCAGAGCAUCUUCAAGAGGACCUGGAGUAAAGUCUGUAGAUGCCAGAGGGAAACAGGAGAUAGCAAAAGAGGAAAAGGCAAAAGAACUUUUCCUGAAGGCAGUGGAAGAAGAACAAAAUGGGGCCCUUUAUGAAGCCAUCAAGUUUUAUCGUCUAGCCAUGCAGCUUGUACCUGACAUAGAGUUUAAGAUCACCUAUACACGGUCCCCAGAUGGUGAUGGAGUUGGCAAGAGGUG